GCUCUGCUGAACGGGGGAACUUUCUCCUUUUUCGCGAUUCCUUCCGGGCCCGAGAUUCCUUCACGGUUCCGGAACUGUCAAGAGAUCGAUCGUGCUCGCGGGUGUGUGUGUUGAUCGUCCGGAUCUUGUGUUGAACGCGUGGAAGUUGCUACGUUGCCCAUCGGAACAUGGACCACCGGUUGGUGCUUUGGUUGGCCUUGGCCGGUGCCGGUCUCUUCCUUCGCGCUGCCGUCUCGCUGCACUCUUACUCCGGUCAGGGCACUCCGCCAAAGUACGGUGAUUUUGAGGCACAACGGCACUGGCAGGAGAUUACGGUGAAUCUGCCUCCGACGGAGUGGUACCGGAAUACGACCGACAACGAUCUGCUGUACUGGGGAUUGGAUUAUCCACCGCUCACCGCGUAUCACAGUUAUCUCGUCGGUCAGUGGGCCCGUUGGCGUGGGAAGGAGGAGUUUGUGGCACUUCACGAAUCCCGCGGAAUCAGCACCGACGAGCAUAAACACUUUAUGCGCAACACCGUCCUGCUCAUCGAUGCCAUCCUCUACGUUCCGGCCAUCCUGCUGGCGUUACAUUAUGUACCCGGGACAGGUGCCACUCCGUCGUCUAGCUCCACCUCCUGGUUACCACUGGCCCUGGCCGUUCUGUACCCGGGACAGAUGCUGAUCGAUAAUGGUCACUUCCAGUACAACAACGUAUCGCUGGCGCUGUUCGUGUUGGCGGCGUUGGCCAUUGCAAGUUCGAAGGCCAUCCUAUCCGGUGCAGUCCUGUUUUGUCUCGCCUUGAACUACAAGCAGAUGGAACUGUAUCAUGCGCUGCCCUUCUUCUUCCAACUACUCUGGCACUGCUUUGAAUCGGAUCCGGUGAACCGUUUGGUGACUGGCAUCAAGCGGCUUGUGGUGCUCGGUGUGACCGUUAUUGGAACAUUCGCGAUAGUUUGGCUUCCGUGGCUCGGUUCGGUGGAGGACGUUGGCCAGCUAGUGCACCGGAUCUUUCCGGUUUCGCGUGGUCUCUUCGAGGACAAAGUAUCUAACUUUUGGUGUGUCGUGGACGUAGCUAUCAAGCUCAAAAACAUUCCCAUCAACACGAUGGGCAUCGUGUGCCUUGUCUGCACCGUGAUGGCCGUGCUUCCUAGCGGAUUGAAUUUGUUGUUCCGGAAAUCGUACGACGCCAGCGCAUUCCUCUACUCGCUCACUGUAACGGCGCUCGGAUUCUUUCUGUUCAGCUUCCACGUGCACGAGAAAUCUAUCCUACUUGUGGCCAUUCCCGCUUUGCUGUUGCUACACCUGGAACCAUUCGCCGUGUUUUGGUUCCUUCAGGUGUCGUCCUUCAGUAUGUUUCCUCUUCUCUACAAGGACGGGCUUACCGGACCAUACUUUGCCCUUUCACUUGUCACUCUCAUCUUACCGAGAUUAGCCGCGGCGAGUGGAAACCGUGAGAAAGUGGAAGUUCCGACCUACGAUCUGUUUCACGUACAUCAUCUAAUCGGAAACUCGGUAAAGGGAUCCCGCAUCGCAUCCUUGUUACUGCCGCUGUUCUACCUGUCUUUGCUGGGGCAGAUGGCACUGCUGAGCGCAUUCUUGUUUGCUGAACCACCGGUUGCGCUACCGUUCCUCUAUCCUCUUGCCAUAUCCGCUUACAGUUUUGGCCAUUUCGUACUGUUCUUCGUAUACUUCAACAUCCAGCAGCUUGUCUGUGGCGACCGUAAGGAGGAUAAAGCUACCAUCAAACCACAAACGAAAAGUGAAAAGAAUAGAAAAAUAAAGUAAUAUUACCACAUACAAGACAUUCGAAGGGUCUCUUGAACGUGUUCGAUGCUCUGCGCACUUUAUUCGACACACCAUGUGUACUAGAUUGACUAUUCAGUUGCCAUCCUUCAAGGCUUACUACUA